GCUCUUCUCUCUUUCUCCUUCUUGGUGCCCCAUGUCGUCUUCGUCGACGACCGCAUGCUCGCGGUCUCCCUCACCAUCACCUGCAACGCCCGAGGCGUCCGACAACCUAGGACCGAUUAUGAACCAGGAGGAUCUUUCUGCUUGGUGCAAUUCUCUUCCGGACGCACAAUUCCUCGUCAAGGGCGAAAUCCAGUAUGGACAGAACGGCGGAAAGCGUGAUGCGAAUGCCACGUUGGACUUGGAGGAUCUUUUGCAGGACCACGUAUAUGAGGAUGUAACACCCGCUACCCAACCAGGACCUAUGUUCUGCCCUGUAACGAGUCCAGCAUCCUCACCGAACGCACCAGGCGCAGGGGUUCGCAAUACCCUCUCAGUCACGAAGCCGAUACCCCCUCCCGCGCAGGUGCGGAAGGAGCCGCCCGCCUUGCAGCGUGUCGUGUUUCCCCCAAAGGAUUCGUGUUCGAACCUCCCCGUUUUGUUCCCAAGCCUUCCGGAGGGCGGCACGAAGUCCAGAGUGGAGACACAGAUUCGUCUUACUGUCGAUCUAGCCCACGCGAGCUCUUCGUCGGGGGAGCCAUUGAAAUACGACAAGGUCGGUAGCUGGAAAUGGUUACGGUUACCCAAGGGCACUUCGACGAAGAAGAGGACGCGUAAAGAAGGCAAAGUUGAUGCCGCGUCGGAGGAGUCACUUUAUCUCACCACGGACAUUACGUGCGCCACGCCUCCACAUACUCCUGUCGCUGCCUGUUCAAGUUGUCAAACGCGCGAGGCCAAGCGCGUUGCACGCAAGAUUGCCGCACGUGUGAGGCCCGCACGCUCCGACUCGGACUCUCAGGAGGAACCCCCGGUCAUACCAGGGAAGGGCAAGCAUGAAGAUACCUCCAACAUUCUGCAGUUCAACUGCCCAGAGGUGCUUGACUUCUCGUCCGGUUCGGUGAUCCUGCCCCUGCGGAUUACCUGCUACUGCCGCCAUCAUCGGGAGAAGGUAGGAUUCCAUCUCCACUUUACGAUGCUUGACCACACCGGUCGGGUCGUCGGAACGGGGACCACAAAGCCGAUCAUGAUCACCGACGAUCACAAGAGUACGGGCGUCAGUGCACAGAAGGCGACCACCGAGUUUGGUUCGAAGCUUGAUUGGACUGUCGGCGGCGCAGAAUCCCCAGAGGGCUCUGCGACGAAGCGGAAGAAGGGUCAGGGCUCGAACGGGGCGGAUCGGUCCAAGAAACGCGCGAAGCCGUACGAUGCCAACAACCGGGUGUCGCGGCUUAACCGACAGAGCAGCAGCGGAAGCUUGCAGUCUCCGUCCGACAUGCCUUCUGCAUUCGCGACGAGGUCAUCGUCGCCGAUGCAAAGCUCGCUAGCCUCGCCCCUGCAAAGCAACGUCUCAACUCCGGCGAUGUCUUUCGGUUUCGGCAGCGAACCACCCCCAAUAUCGUCGGCCCCCCCAGCAGAUAUCCUCGAUAGCGUUGCUUCUACAGCAGCCGCUAGCCCGAUGAUGCCUGCUUUCGAUAUGAACGCGCCGCUGAGCGACUUCAUCAACGCGAGCUUCCAAACUGACAUCCCUAUGCCGGACUGCUCUGAACUCGGUUCUCCGGCCGUCUCCUUCCCCGAUCCCUCCAGCUCACCCUUCGCGCACCCGCUCCAACCUCCACAUCCGCAAACAAUGCUAGACCCCAUGACUAUGUCUGUACCUGCGGCAGCUUCCCUGCCGUAUAUGCUGUUCAAGCAUGACCCGCCACCGCCCAUCAGCCUUCCGACACCGAGGAUUCACCGUCUCAUACCAUCCUCAGGGCCGACAUACGGCGGUAUCGAGGUUACGGUGCUAGGCGCCAACUUCCAUCCUUCGAUGCAGCUGAACUGUGUGUUUGGUGGCUCGGCCUCGACCUCGACGCAACGCUGGAGCGAUAACACGCUCGUGUGUGUCUUGCCCCCGAGUACACAACCUGGUUCCGUACAUGUGUGGUUUGAAGGUUUGCCAACGGAGGAAGAUGGCUCGCCGCCGUGCUUGUUCACCUACACGGACGAGACCGACCGAGCACUCAUGGAGCUCGCUCUGCAGGUCGUCGGCCUGAAGAUGACCGGCAAGAUCGAAGAUGCGCGCAACAUCGCCAUGCGCAUCGUUGGCAACACUGGCGGCCCUGAAGCGGAUCCGAGCAUAUCUAGCAGCAGCGCGAUGCAGCUAUCUUCCCAGGCAGAUCUCCCUCGCCAUCUCCUGUUGGGCAGCGCCGGUGACAGCGGUGACUUCGAGAAACUCCUUCUGGACUUCCUCUCGGUGCUCGACGUCCCCACGGAUGCCCCCAGUGACCGCUCGGCGUCGAUCUCGCGGCAGACUAUCAGCGGGCAGACGCUCCUCCACCUGGCGACACUUGCGAAGUUCCCCGCGCUUGUCAAGUUCUUACUAGCGCGAGAGAUCGACGUCGAUGCGCGCGACCAGAACGGCUGCACCGCGCUGUGCCUCGCAGCGCUCUCAAACUCCCGCGAGUGCGCACGUGUGCUCGUCGACGCAGGCGCGGCACUCGAUGUCGUGAACGCGGCCGGCAAGACCCCAGCGGAGGUCGGCUCGGCCGGCUUCUUCGACUUCAUCGCAUCCGAGAGCGAGCGGUCGUCCGAAGACGGCCGCGACAUAGACGACGACGAAGGCGUCUGGGGCGAUGGGGAAGAAGAGUCGGAGGACGGCACCGAGGUGCGCGCGCCGAAGAGCCGCACCAGCCGACGGCCUUCACACCGCAACCUGAAGCAACGCCACGGCCUCCCCACACCCGACUCGCAACGCACAGACACGGACGAGAGCCCCACGCCCACCUCCGCCGAGAAGAAGGCCGUCGAGGCCGGGCUCGCCGGCGUCGACGAGAAGCAGGCGGCCGCGACGUUCACGGAGACGCUCUACCGCACGCUCGCGCAGCUGCAGUACCCGCAGGGCAUGAUCCCGCAGCUCCCGCUGCUGCACAUGCCGAACCUGCCCGGCAUGCCGGCGUGGGGCGCGCUCCCGCAGAUCCCCGCCGUCUUCCCCGUGCUCGUCCCCAUCCAACAGCUCUGGGGCGACCGCCGCGCCCGUGGGGGCGAGGGCGAGGAGAAGGAUGAGGGCGCCCCAGCGGAUGCUGCGCAGCAGCCGUGGCUCGGCAUCCCGUCCGCGCAGGACUGGAAGGCGUUCUGGGAGAAGUGGAUGCAGCAGAUGAACCGCGCGACGGACGUGCACGAUAACCCGCCCCCGGCGUACACGCCGCGCGAGACCGUCGAGGCGGAGAAGCUGGAGAAGGAGAAGGCACACUCGCAGGAGCAGACACAGGAGGAGCCCGUUGCAGUCGCUGAGGUGCCGAGCGUCGUUGAGCCCGGGCCUGAGCCCGAGCUCCUGCGGGUCGCCGCGGAGCGGGUGGUGGUUGCGCGGCCGGCCGAAUACCCUGAGGCGGCUAUUCCUGAAGAAGAGGUACAAUUGUAUGCAUACAGGCCUACGCGCAAGCCCGCUCGGCGGGCGCAGAAGAAGCACGACCGAAUGCUGGUCUUGUUCUGGAUUCCCAUACUUCUUGUUGGUUUCGCGUGGGCGUUCCUACAGGCGUUCCGCAUCGCGUUGCACGCAACGCGCGCGGCCGUCACGCUCAAAGUCGGGCUCCGUGCCUAAUUGCGCUGGAGCACCGGUCGCACGGAUUGCUUGGAUUAUCCCGAAUGUCUCGUUGUACGUUAUCUGUCCCCAUCUCGCCUAUUGACGCUCCCUCGCCGUCGUCGUCAAAUACUAGCCUACCCCUCCCGCCAGGACUGUUCUAAGUGUAGCUUCCCUCCUGCCCCCGUUACCCUCCUUCUAUCCUCCGUUCCCCAUUUUUACACGAAUCUGCGACCCGUGCUGGGGCUCUAUGUACGCAUCCCGUCCGGAGUUGGCCAUAGCGCCACUCUCGUUCUCCACCCUCGUUUUGUUUCUACAGGUUAUACCGUCCGUCCGUCCCGUAUCUUAUGCCGUCCCGAAGGCCUCCCUGGUGUUUUCUUAGAUGCAAAGUGUACUAGCUCC